AUGCCCGGCCCGCUCCGCUUCGCCUUCCUCCUCCUCAUCCUCCUCCUCGCCGCCGCCUCCGCGCAGGACCGAGACCUCCCCGAGGCAGGCAGCUGCCUGCAGGACGGGCAGAGCUACAGCGACAAGGACGUGUGGAAGCCGGAGCCGUGCCGGAUCUGCGUGUGCGACACGGGCACGGUGCUGUGCGACGAGAUCAUCUGCGAGGAGCUGCGCGACUGCCCCAGCCCCGAAAUCCCCUUCGGAGAGUGCUGCCCCGUCUGCCCCACCGACCAGCCCAGCGGGCACCCUGGCCCCAAGGGGCAGAAAGGCGAACCCGGGGACAUUAAAGAUGUCGUAGGACCCCGAGGGCCUCCGGGACCGCAGGGCCCGGCAGGUGAGCAAGGACAGCGAGGGGAGCGCGGCGAGAAGGGGGAGAAGGGCCUUCCUGGUCCCCGGGGCAGGGAUGGAGAGCCCGGCACCCCCGGCAACCCCGGCCCCGCCGGCCCUCCCGGCCCUCCAGGCCCCCCCGGGCUCGGUGGGAACUUUGCGGCUCAGAUGGCAGGAGGCUUCGACGAGAAGGCUGGAGGAGCUCAGAUGGGCGUCAUGCAGGGACCCAUGGGCCCUAUGGGACCCCUGGCCCCCGGACCCUCUGGCUCUCCUGGUCCCCAAGGAUUUCAAGGCAACCCCGGCGAGCCCGGCGAGCCCGGCGCUGCUGGUCCCAUGGGCCCCCGGGGACCACCAGGACCUCCAGGGAAACCCGGAGAUGACGGUGAGACCGGCAAACCCGGUAAAUCCGGCGAGCGUGGCCCCCCAGGCCCUCAGGGUGCUCGUGGCUUCCCCGGGACCCCCGGGCUGCCCGGAGUGAAGGGACACAGGGGAUACCCCGGCUUGGACGGUGCCAAAGGAGAGGCCGGAGCUCCUGGAGCCAAGGGUGAAUCCGGCUCCCCCGGCGAGAACGGCUCCCCUGGCCCCAUGGGUCCCCGUGGGCUGCCUGGAGAGAGAGGACGCCCCGGCCCCUCCGGUGCUGCGGGUGCUCGUGGCAACGACGGCCUCCCCGGUCCUGCCGGACCCCCCGGACCUGUCGGCCCAGCCGGAGCUCCCGGCUUUCCCGGCGCCCCCGGCUCGAAGGGUGAAGCUGGUCCCACUGGUGCCCGAGGUCCCGAGGGUGCCCAGGGUCCCCGCGGCGAAUCCGGCACCCCCGGCUCGCCCGGCCCCGCCAGUGCCCCCGGUAACCCGGGCACCGACGGCAUCCCCGGAGCCAAGGGCUCAGCGGGUGCCCCGGGCAUUGCUGGCGCUCCAGGUUUCCCCGGUCCCCGCGGCCCCCCCGGCCCCCAAGGAGCCACCGGCCCCCUGGGCCCCAAGGGACAGACGGGAGAACCGGGAAUCGCGGGUUUCAAAGGCGAGCAGGGACCCAAGGGCGAGACGGGACCAGCAGGACCCCAAGGUGCCCCCGGGCCGGCGGGCGAGGAAGGCAAGAGAGGAGCCCGAGGCGAACCCGGGGCUGCCGGUCCUUUGGGACCCCCUGGAGAAAGGGGCGCUCCCGGCAACCGCGGCUUCCCGGGACAGGACGGGCUGGCCGGACCCAAGGGUGCUCCAGGCGAGCGUGGCCCCGCAGGCCUGGCGGGUCCCAAAGGAGCCACCGGCGAUCCCGGACGACCCGGAGAGCCCGGACUGCCCGGGGCCAGGGGUCUCACGGGCCGCCCCGGUGACGCCGGUCCCCAAGGCAAAGUCGGUCCCACCGGUGCCCCCGGCGAGGACAGGCGCCCGGCCCCCGGCCCGCAGGGCGCUCGCGGCCAGCCCGGCGUGAUGGGAUUCCCCGGCCCCAAAGGUGCCAACGGCGAGCCUGGCAAAGCUGGCGAGAAGGGACUGCCCGGGGCCCCGGGGCUGCGGGGGCUCCCUGGCAAGGACGGUGAGACAGGAGCUGCCGGACCCCCCGGACCUGCCGGCCCCGCGGGCGAGAGGGGAGAGCAAGGAGCCCCCGGCCCCUCCGGCUUCCAGGGGCUGCCCGGCCCGCCAGGUGCCCCCGGAGAGAGUGGCAAACCCGGAGAUCAGGGUGUUCCUGGAGAAGCCGGAGCGCCCGGUCUUGUUGGUCCCAGAGGCGAGCGCGGCUUCCCCGGCGAGCGCGGCUCCCCCGGCGCCCAAGGCCUGCAGGGACCCCGCGGGCUCCCCGGCACCCCCGGCACCGACGGGCCCAAGGGCGCCACCGGCCCCGCCGGCCCCGCCGGCGCGCAGGGACCCCCCGGGCUGCAGGGGAUGCCCGGGGAGAGAGGAGCGGCUGGAAUCGCCGGUCCCAAGGGAGACAGGGGAGACGUCGGCGAGAAGGGCCCCGAGGGAGCCCCUGGCAAGGACGGUGCCCGUGGUCUGACGGGUCCCAUCGGCCCCCCCGGCCCUGCCGGCCCCAACGGCGAGAAG